AUGAAGCAAACAGCUUUCCGAGUCACUCGCCAAGCUCUCAACGGCGCCCAGAGCCGCGCAUACUCACAAUCGACCGGCCCGCGCCAUCUCAUGUCCAUUGCGGACUUGAGCCCGGCCGAGUUCGCUACCCUCGUCCGCAACGCCGCCUCAAACAAAACCGCAGUCAAGUCCGGCAAUGUGCCCCAGGCGCUCGCAUCGAGCUUGACCGGCAAGACCGUUGCCAUGAUGUUCAGCAAGCGCAGUACCCGUACUCGCGUGUCGACGGAAGCUGCCGUGGCUCUCAUGGGUGGUCAUCCCAUGUUCUUGGGCAAGGAUGACAUUCAGCUCGGGGUCAACGAGUCUCUGUAUGACACCUCCAAGGUCAUCUCUUCCAUGACCUCCUGCAUGGUCGCCCGUGUCGGUCCUCACUCUGAUGUCGCCGGGCUGGCCAAGGACUCUAGCGUCCCCGUCAUCAACGCGCUCUCCGACGACUACCAUCCUCUGCAGAUUAUCGCCGACUUCCUGACUAUCCACGAGGCAUUCCCUGCUUCUGCCACCUCAGACAAGGCCGAUCUGGGCCUGAAAGGAAUGAAGGUCGCGUGGAUCGGAGACUCCAACAAUGUCCUCUUUGAUCUGGCCAUCGGCUGCGUCAAGAUGGGCGUCGAUAUCUCCGUGGCCUCGCCUACUGGCUACAGCAUUCCCGAGGCCAUGAAGGCCGUCAUUAACUCUGCUGCCAAGGGCGUUGCCUCUCCCGGUAAGCUCACAGAGACAACCGUCCCUGAGGAGGCCUGCAAAAACGCCGACAUCCUGGUGACCGAUACGUGGGUUUCCAUGGGCCAGGAGACCGAGACCCAGAAGCGCCUCAAGGCCUUUGCCGGCUUCCAGAUCACCAACGACCUGGCCAAGCGAGGCGGUGCUAAGGAGGGCUGGAAGUUUAUGCACUGCCUGCCUCGUCACCCCGAGGAGGUAGCCGAUGAGGUCUUUUACAGCCCUCGUUCCUUGGUCUUCCCCGAGGCCGAGAACCGUCUCUGGGCUGCUGUUUCUGCCCUCGAGGGCUUCGUUGUGAACAAGGGCAAGAUCUAA